AGGGGGUCACUGAAGUUGACGGAACCGCCAUCUUGGAAACUGCUCUCUGAUGUUCUGCCUUUUCGCGCCUGUCACAAACUGUUUUAAACCUUUUUUUUUUCUUCCCAGAGGAGGUCGGUGCUGUUUUGCUCUUGGGUACUCUUUAGGUUUGAUGCUGAUGGCUGGAUAAGCUUCGUGCGACAGUUUCCUUCCCUGCAUGACAUCGGAAUGUGGUGUUGACCCGCUGUAUGUGUACCUUCUGCCUGUCUGUUCAGCCUGGAAUGGGCCACAACUCCGAAAGAAUAGAACACACCUGUUUUUAAUCUGGACUCCAACACAAACAGAGCUCCACCAUGUUUUGGAAAUUUGACCUCCAUACCACAUCCCACAUUGACACACUGUUGGAGAAGGAGGAUGUGAUGCUGACUGAGGUGAUGGAUGAGGAUGAUGUCCUGCAGGAAUGCAAGGCCCAAAACCACAAACUGGUUGACUUCCUACUCAGACCACAGUGCAUGGAGGACUUGGUCACCUAUAUUACGCAGGAACCCAGCACGGAUGUUGAAGAAAAAGUAAAAUACAAGUAUCCUAACAUAUCAUGUGAGCUGCUCACAUCAGAUGUGAGUCAGAUCAAUGACCGACUGGGAGAAGAUGAGAAACUGCUGAUGAAACUGUAUGGUUUUCUCCAGAAUGAGCCACCUCUCAACCCACUUUUGGCCAGCUUCUUCUCCAAGGUCCUAUCCAUUCUCAUAGGACGUAAGCCUGAACAGAUAGUGGAAUUUCUGCGAAAGCGGGAAGAUUUUGUAGACUUGAUGAUCAAACAUAUUGGUACAUCUGCCAUUAUGGACCUGCUGCUGAGAAUGCUCACCUGUAUCGAACCACAACAGUUGAGACAGGAUGUUCUGAAUUGGUUGAAUGAGGAGAAGGUGAUCCAGAGACUGGUUGACAUGGUACAAUCCUCUCAAGAUGAGGAUAAACACUCUAAUGCUUCACAGUCUCUGUGUGAGAUAAUCAGACUGAGCAGAGACCAGAUGUUCCAGGUGCAAGGCUGCUCAGAGCCUGACCCUCUACUUGCCACACUUGAAAAGCAGGAGACAGUGGAGCAGCUUCUGUGCAACAUCUUCGACAAGGAGAAGAAUGAAUCUGCUAUUGUCAGCGUUAUCCAGAUCCUCCUCACUUUGUUUGAGACCAGGAGACCAGCGUUUGAAGGUCACAUGGAGUGCCCCCCUGGCAUAUCUCAUCCUUCAUUUUCUGUGAACCACAGCAUCCUGGAAGCUGUUAGGCCUCGACUGAAAAACUUUCACCAGCUGCUACUGGAACCCCCAAAGAAGAAUGUGAUGAAGACAACAUGGGGUGUUCUGGACCCUCCAGUGGGCAACACUAGGCUCAGUGUAGUAAAACUGGUGGCCAGCUUGUUGCAAAGCAACACACACAGCAUCAACACAGAACUCAUUAACCUCAACACACUGGAUGUCAUACUUGAUAUGUAUUUCAAAUACAUCUGGAACAACUUCCUCCACAUUCAGGUGGAGAUUUGUACAGCCAUGAUUCUGGCUAUGCCACCUGCCCCCUCUGAAAUCCAGCUCGACACUGAGCAGGAAUGUGCCAGGGAAAGCAUCCUCAUCAAACACCUGUUUCAAAAGUGCCGCUUCAUUCAGAGAGUUGUUGAUGCCUGGACCUCCAAUGAGAAAGAACAGGCAGAAGGUGGACGGCGGCGUGGCUACAUGGGCCACCUUACCAGAAUAGCUAACUCUAUAGUUCAUAACUGUGAGAAAGGCCCAAAUGGACCACAAAUACAACAACUCAUCUCUGAGCUCCCAGUGGAGGACAGAGAGAAAUGGGAGGCCUUUAUUUCUGGCCAGUUGGCCGACACAAACAAGAGAAACACUGUUGACCUGGUGAACACACACCACAUCCACUCAUCCAGUGAUGAUGAGGUAGACUUUAAAGACAGCGGCUUUCACCAGGACUCCUCUUUACAACAAGCCUUUUCUGAUUAUCAGAUGCAACAAAUGACGUCCAAUUUUAUUGAGCAGUUUGGCUUCAAUGACGAAGAGUUUGCUGAUCAGGACGAUGUUGUGGAUAUUCCUUUUGAUAGAAUAUCAGACAUCAAUUUUUCACUGAAUACUAAUGAAAGUGCAAAUAUAGCUUUGUUUGAGGCACGUUGUAAGGAGAAAAUCCAGCAGUUUGAAGAUGCUGGUUCUGAUGAGGAGGAUAUCUGGGAUGAGAAGGAUGUCACGUUUGCACCAGAGGCACAAAGGCGCCCCAGGAGUUCAGGCAGCACAGACAGUGAGGAGAGCACAGACUCUGAGGAUGAUGAUGUGAAAAGGGAUCCAUUUGAAGCUUCCAACCCCAGCACUGAUGACAGAAUGGAAGUCGACACAGGGCCAGUAUGGACAGCAAACUUUGAUGACAUCCCAAUGGACACAGGUACAUCCACAGCUCCAGCAUCCAGCUCCAAUAAUUCUACUGCCACAGCCCCCUUGUCCUCGCCCACCACAGAAGUUCUCCCUGAGACAGCAUGGAGCUCCUCUGCUACUGCCGCCUCCAACUCAGACACCGGCUGGGCUGAUUUCUCCAACUUUACCCCUGUCAGCCCCAAAGACCCUUUGAGAUCUAACUCUCCUGUUGCCAUGGAAACAAGCAUAGAAACAGUGGAUCCACUGGGUGUAAAUGCGCCCAUGCAACCAGACGAUUGUGACGGUUGGUUGACUGCCAGUGCAACUCCUCCGUUCUCCUCUAAAAACUGUGGGAGUAUUAAAGUGAUGGCAGAAUCGGCGUGUUGUGAGCAGCGAAGUAUCACAGAGACUGUUAUAAAUGGCUCCAUGAAAGAAACCGUCAGCCUCACUGUAGACGCCAAGACCGAGACUGCCAUCUUCAAGAGAGUGUUGAAAUCUUAUCGUGAUGAAGAGACGAGUGGUUCUUCAGAGAAAUACUCUGUAGUGGAGAGUUUGGAUUCUGAGAGAACGAGCCUCAACAGCUCAGCCUGCUGUCCAAAAACGGGUCUGAACAGUGAGAAAUGUCGGUCGUCUCUAGGUCUCUCAAAUGGUCCUCUAGAAGAAAUGUCCACCAUAGAAGAGGCCAAACUGGAUCAGAUCGCCGUGUCCACAGAAGCAGCUGUAAACGGGCCAGUGUGAGGGUCCACCAGUGCCAACCAAUGGCCAGCCUGUUCUGCCCCGCAGGGCCUGCCUCCUGGCCAAUCAGCAGAGGCCACUGCUCGGAGCUGCACCAGGACCAGCAAUACUCCCACCGGCUCAUCACUGAUAGACAGGUGUACAGACAGAAGAUGAACUGAAAAGGCAAACGGACAGACGUACUGAAAAUGAAUACAGAAUAAUUUUUUGCAUUUGUUUAUAUUCUAUUGUUCUUAUGAGGUGAUGUGUGACUCAAAAUGAAAUAGUAAUGUUGCUAUAGUUAAAAGAAAUGAUUGUAUGAAUAAAAUAUUUUAUAAAAUGAAAGAGGUAUACAGAAAUGUAAGCUGAAUGACUGAAUGAACGCACAGGUGGAGGAGUGAAGCAGAUGGGGGUGACCCAAUAAGCCACUAAACAUGUUGAUUUAAUUUGCGUGACAUCAACAAAUGGUUGAACCAAUGUUGCUCAUCCAGCACAGGUCUGUCUGAGCCAAGCACCACCUACAAAUGAAACAUUUUGAAAAAGCUUUUUUAUUUUGACAAAUUUGUUGUUUGUAAAUGUUUCUCUUUUUUCCUGUUCUGCAUUAAUUGAUGAGCCUUUUUUUUUUUUUUUUUUUUUGGUAUGCUUUUUAAAGUUUAUUGUGGAAGUGAGACGGUUGUUUUAUUACUAAAGAGUUAUAACACUUUCUCUCCU